AUGCACACACAAGUAGCCGCCUUAGUCAGUCCGAUCAGUUUGAUUUUGGCCAAGUUGGAGUUCAUAAUUAGCGACGGGUACUGCGGACAGGUGAAUGGAGAGAAAACCGCCCACGGAUGCACCAUCACCGUUUGCGGCAAUGGAGAGGCUCUCGUGGGCACCUUUUGCGGCCGAGGUCCGUGCAACAUUUUUGGGUGCGACUGCGAGGGAGGUUGCCUCCACGGGCACUACGGAGAGAGCUUCCUGCAAAGGAACAGGCGGCACAACAUCCAGCUGAUGCGCACCCAAAUGAUAACAACCAGCUCCGUGGAUGCCGUUACUGGUAUAUUUUCAAAGAGCCGCCUUAGUCAGUCCAAUCAGUCUGUGCACCACGAUGCUAGUGGUUCCAGUUUCUUCAGUGCUCCUCGCGAUCCUCUUUUGGCCAACUUCGGUGGCUCAAGUGCAGAGUGUUGCACCACGAUGGCCAAGUUGGACUUCACUAUAAACGAUGGGUCCUGCGGCAAGGUGAAUGGAGAAAGAACCGACUACGGAUGCACCAUCACCGUUUGCGGCAAUGGAGAAGCUCUCGUGGGCACCUAUUGCGGCCGAGGUCCGUGCAACAUCUUUGGGUGCGCUUGCAAGGGAGGUUGCCUCCAUGGACAGUACGGGGAGAGCUUCCUGCAAAGGAACAGGCGGCACAACGUCAAACUGAUGCGCACCCAAAUGAGAAAGGCUGGUCUAUUCUGAAGCUUUUCAAUUGAAAUUUAUCACGAAAUGUGUUUAAAAAAAUGUUGUGCGAAUUUGUUAAUACAAAUCUAUUUUUCUUUUGUAGUAGAAUAAAAGCAAGAAUUAUGUUUGAAAAA